CUGUCGCUUGGCGCGCUCUCUCUCCAUAGUUCCAGUUCUGAUAUCUCACUUUCACAGUUUGUGUCUGUGCGAUAAUGGCCAUGGCAGAGCUCUCAACCCCCAAAACGACGUCGCCUUUUCUCAACUCUUCGUCUCGGCUUCGUCUCUCUUCAAAAUUGCAUCUUUCAAACCACUUUCGCCAUCUUCUUCUUCCACCUCUCCACACAACAACUCCCAACUCCAAAAUCCCUUGCUCCGUUUCUCAGAAUAGCCAAGCUCCUGUUGCGGUUCAAGAAAAUGGAUUGGUGAAGACGAAGAAAGAGUGUUAUGGAGUGUUCUGCCUCACCUAUAAUCUUAAAGCUGAAGAAGAGACAAGAUCAUGGAAGAAGUUAAUCAAUAUUGCAGUUUCUGGUGCUGCAGGAAUGAUUUCUAACCACCUUCUCUUCAAACUUGCUGCAGGGGAAGUAUUUGGUCCAGAUCAACCCAUUGCAUUGAAACUGCUAGGAUCAGAGAGAUCAAUCCAAGCUCUUGAAGGUGUUGCAAUGGAACUGGAGGAUUCAUUGUUCCCAUUGUUGAGAGAAGUUGAUAUAGGAACAGAUCCAAAUGAAGUGUUCCAAGAUGUGGAGUUGGCUAUUUUGAUCGGUGCAAAACCUCGAGGCCCUGGAAUGGAACGUGCUGACUUGUUGGACAUCAAUGGACAAAUCUUUGCUGAGCAGGGCAAAGCUCUUAACAAAGCUGCCUCUCCUAAUGUCAAGGUUCUUGUUGUGGGAAACCCUUGCAACACCAAUGCCUUGAUUUGUCUUAAAAAUGCUCCCAACAUUCCUGCAAAGAACUUCCAUGCCCUCACGAGGUUAGACGAAAAUCGUGCCAAAUGCCAGCUUGCUCUUAAAACCGGCGUCUUCUAUGACAAAGUGUCUAAUAUGACCAUAUGGGGAAAUCACUCCACGACUCAGGUGCCAGACUUCUUAAAUGCCAGAAUUAAUGGCCUGCCUGUGAAGGAAGUUAUUACAGAUCACAAAUGGUUAGAAGAGGGAUUCACUGAGAGUGUGCAGAAGGUGUACACGGAUGGAAAUCCCUAUGCCUCUUCCCCUGGCGACCGGUGCAGUAACUGUCUCUGCACGUCUACAAGUGAUCGGUUCCUUAUGAGAGCUUUCUUCGGGACAAAACCUCGUCAAGUUGUGAGUUCUGCUCAUAGCAGGAGAUUGGGAGCUGUGCUCAUCAACAGCUAUGUAGUUGAGGUUGGAGUAAGACCCUGAAUGGGAAGAACUCUGAGAAUACGUCUCAUCGUGUAAAUCAUCUGCAGUUUUAAU